GUUGCAGUCUAUAAUGGCAACAAGAGCAAUAAUCACGAUGUCGGAGCGGGCGAUGGAGUGCCCAGUGUGCCUGGAGACGAUGACGGCACCUAUCCUGCAGUGCCAGCGCGGGCACAGCCUCUGCAGCCGCUGCACGAGUCGCGGCCUCACGCAAUGCCCUAUUUGCCGCUCGCCCAUGACGGAUAUGAGGAACUGGGCUUUCGAAGAUAUCAUUUCAAAGGUGAAUACGCCAGCCCCAGCGCCAACGCCAGCGGCGCCGUCCUCCAAACUGCUCUGUCCCCACAAAGACGCCGGGUGCGGGUUCACAUUCAGCCAAGCCAAAGCACGCGAGCUAGACGAGCACGCCAAUGAAUGUAUCUUCAGGGACAUGCUUUGCCCGCUUGGUGCCGCUUUCAGCAACUGUUUCUGGAUAGGUAAACUCAAAAACUUGAUGGACCACUUCAAACAGAGCCACCCUUCCAGCUGCGAGAUAGUCUCCGGCGUGGACACGGAACUCGAGCUCCCACUCACCCAAGACCUCGUCAAGGUCUACCUCGCCGCCACCGGCAAUAUGCACUUCAUCAUCACCAUGAAAAUAGACAAGACUACUAGCACUGCCUCCUGGGCCGUGCAGCAUAUCGGCAGUAAGAAAAACGCGCGUCUAUACACAUAUGAGAUUUACCUUACUAGUAAGCAGGAUGUUAGGCGGCGCUCAGUGUUGGUGGAACACUGCGUCAAUGAUGUGGUGGAGCCUUUAGAUAUUAUCAUGGAGGGGAGAUGUGCGGUUAUGCCGUUGAAAAUGCUGGCGCAUUAUGUGAUUGACAAUAAGGUUAUUUUUAAGUUAGUUAUUAAGAAGGUGCCGCCGACUUUGUAAAGGGACCACUCUAAAUAU